AAAAAAAAACGCUGAGAUGGGUUCUGCCUUUGUGAGGAUUAUGCUAUUUGCAUUUUGUGCUUUCUGGGUUUUGCCUGAGCUGGUAAUUGCAAAGCAUACAGGCACAACCAGGCACUACAAGUUUGAUAUUAAGCUGCAGACAGUGACGAGAUUAUGCCAAACAAAAAGUAUUGUUACCGUCAAUGGACAAUUCCCAGGCCCUAGGAUCAUAGCAAGAGAAGGUGAUCGGGUCAUCAUUAAGGUGGUUAACCAUGUCCAAAACAAUAUCACAAUCCAUUGGCACGGGAUUCGGCAGCUAAGAAGUGGAUGGGCGGAUGGACCUGCCUACAUUACACAGUGCCCAAUUCAGACAGGUCAGAGCUAUGUGUACAACUUCACUAUCACUGGGCAGAGAGGGACCUUAUUUUGGCAUGCUCAUAUCUCAUGGCUGAGAGCUACUCUCUAUGGACCCCUUGUCAUCCUUCCUAAGCGGGGUGUCUCUUACCCAUUUCCCCAACCCUUCAAAGAAGUCCCAAUCAUCUUUGGCGAGUGGUGGGAAGCUGACAUAGAGACCAUGAUUAACCAAGCAAUGCAAACAGGAGGAGCCCCAAAUGUCUCUGACGCUUACACCAUGAAUGGUCUUCCCGGACCCUUGUAUAACUGCUCAGCUAAGGAUACAUUUAGGCUGAAGGUGAGACCGGGAAAGACCUAUCUCCUGCGGCUAAUCAAUGCUGCACUCAAUGACGAGCUCUUCUUCAGCAUAGCCAACCAUACUGUCACCGUAGUUGAAGUUGAUGCAGUCUAUGUGAAACCAUUUAAAACCAACACUCUUGUCAUCACCCCUGGACAGACUACCAAUAUCCUUCUCAAGACCAAAUCUCACUCCCCUAACGCCACCUUCCUCAUGGCUGCCAGGUCUUACGCCACCGGUCCUGCUGCUUUUGACAAUUCUACAACAGCUGGAAUUUUAGAAUAUGAGCAAAAAUCGUCCGUGUCAAACACUAGGAACAGAAAGCCCUCUGUUCUCAAACCAGCCCUUCCCAUGUUCAAUGACACAAUUUUUGCCAUGAAAUUCAGCAAGAAAUUACGCAGCUUAGCCUCUAACAAAUUUCCAGCAAAAGUCCCACAAACAGUGAAUAGACGCUUCUUCUUCACGGUGGGACUGGGCCUAAUCCAAUGCUCACGGAACCAAGCGUGCCCAGGACCCAACAACACCAUGGUAGCAGCUGCCAUCAACAAUGUGUCAUUUGUGCAGCCAAGCACAGCCCUUCUUCAAGCUCAUUUCUUCGGAAAGUCCAAGGCCGUCUACACCACUGAUUUCCCAGCAAACCCACCCUUCAAAUUCAACUACACGGGCACUCCCCCAAGCAACAUUCUUGUAAACAGUGGGACCAAGGUGGUGGUACUACCCUUCAAUACAAGAGUGGAGUUGGUGUUGCAGGACACUAGUAUCAUAGGUGCAGAGAGCCACCCACUUCAUCUGCACGGCUUUAACUUCUAUGUGGUGGGACAGGGAUUCGGAAACUUUGAUCCUAAGAAGGAUCCUGCCAAUUUCAACUUGGUCGAUCCCAUAGAGAGAAACACCGUGGGGGUGCCUUCCGGCGGUUGGGUGGCCAUUCGUUUCCGCGCAGACAAUCCUGGGGUUUGGUUUAUGCACUGCCACCUGGAAGUCCACACCAGCUGGGGAUUGAAGAUGGCCUGGGUUGUCACGGAUGGGAAGCGUCCCAAUCAAAAACUGCCUCCUCCGCCCUCCGAUCUUCCCAAAUGUUAACUUUGUUUUUCAACUCAGUUGCUUUUUAUUAUUUCCUUCGAAUUCCUGUUAUUAUUUUAUUAUUUUCUGCAAAUGUUAACUUUGUUUUUUCCCCUUAUGUCUGCCCCGGGCAAGGAUGAAGAAGAGUCUUCCAUUGCUUUCGGCAUAUAAUGAUGGUUUUGCGUCGCGUUUUUUCUAUGCCCACUUGGAAACGUAAAGUGGGGUUUUUGAAGUUUGUUAUUAGGCUUGUAACACUAAUUCAAUUAUUGAAAGAAGCAACCAUAUUUGUAUCUUC